AUGGUUUUUGAGUCGGGAACGGCUUUCGCAGAUAGUGAUGCUGAUGAUGAGUAUGAACGCUCGGCUCGGUCUAGUCCUCACUUGGGCAUUGAUAGCGAAGCCUCUCCAACUGACUCUGAAGGACUAUUACCGUACAACGAGCAAACUCCUACCACGUAUGGCGCUCACAUAUCAGGGGACCGACUACCAAAUACGAAUAUCACCGAAUGGACGGUAGAAGAAUGCGCCGAUUUUGUCAUCAGUAUCGGUUUACAUCAGUAUGGGAGUCAAUUUUUAGACAAUGAGAUUGUGGGUGAAGCACUUGUCGCACUACACCAUGAGGAUUUGAAGCAAAUGGGAGUCACUAGUGUUGGACAUCGACUUACAAUUCUCAAGAGUGUCUACGAUAUCAAGGUCAAGCAAAACAUAAACAUUGAAACUGAUCAUUAUGUACCUCUUUCUGCAGAUACCGAAGCUCAGUAUGGGACGGCGACAUUGAAAGAUAUUAAGGAGUUAGUUGAGCAACUCAAGUUACGAGAUGAGCGAAUGACUAUAGCUGAAUCGGAAUUACGGCGGAUAACCCUUGAAUAUUCGCGCCUCCGAGAAGAUCUUCUGCCCGUGUUUCGCAUGGUCAAAGAGGGCAAGCCACUUCCAUAUCCAUCCUCGUCAAUCAAUACAAACGGGCAUAAUUCUUGCAACUAUGAUACUUCAAGUACCAUUUCACCUCCUGCGCCGACUUCAUCCUUACAAUCCGGAAAUAGCCUUGCAAGAAAUUAUUCCACAAAGAAGUUUUUCAUCGACCAGCCCAGAAAUCUGUCCCCUACAUACAACCAAUUAGGACAUGAAAGAUCUCAGAUAGAUCAAGCCCUAGACCCUUCAUUAGUGGCCGAGCGUACCUUGCUAUCUUCCUCACACCUUUCUGCGUCAAAUUAUAAUGGAGCUAUCUCGCCCGGGCACCUCUCACCAAGCCAACCCUCACCUACCUCACCCCAGCCAAUGCACGGCUCUACGUUAGGAUCACGUUCCUAUCGUCUAGAUCAAGCAACUCCAGCCCGUACUACGUUUGGUCAAAAUGAGUCUGAUCAGUACGCAUCAGCUCUUAACUCUCGAGAUAGCUCCAAGCCAGCUCCACUUCGCCGAGUUCAUACACCAGCUCUUGAAAAUCCUUCAGCAGGAGGUGGAUCAGUGGAAAUUUUUAAGUCUUUUCGGGUCAGUAUGGAUGACCCAUGCUAUAAAGUUCUUCCUGCAGCCCUAAAAAAAUACAACAUCAACGCACCCUGGGAACAUUAUGCACUUUAUAUUGUGUACGGAGAUAAUGAACGUUGUUUGGACAUGGAGGAAAAGCCUCUAAUUUUAUUCAAGCAGUUAGAUAAAGAAGGCAAAAAACCAAUGUUCAUGCUUCGGAAAAUUGCUCAAAACGUAGAUCAGCCAGGUGAUUCUGGCAGUGCAGGGCUAGACCGAAUACUUCCAAGGUCUCUGGCGGGUGGAUAUAAUGAUCCACCUGGCGGUAUAAUAUAA